AUGACGAGGCGAGCAUCAUCUUCUUCUGCUACUACUUUUACGUCUUUGCGUGUGCUGCUUCCGCUGCUGCUGCUGCAGUUCCUAUCGGCGCCGCUGUCAGCGGCCUCCGCCUCAGGCAUCCCCGUCUAUCAGCGUUCUCCAGAUGUUCAUCCCCUGUCGCAGAUUGCCAUGCACAAGGUGUCGUUGGCUCUGGACCCCUCCGCCUACGUUAAGGCUUCUCCUCGUCUCCUCGGUCUGCGGGUACUUCUCUAAAUAACUUGUUCCUAAACCUGUGGCCCUUUGAGCGAGUUGAAGCGUUUAAAGUGAACUUGAUUGCAGGGGGAAAAUAUCGAAUGGGUAACAGUGGAGCUCUGGUCCCCAAAUCCAGCCAGUAAUGACUGGGUUGGAGUAUUCUCUCCAGGGAACUUCAAGUAAUCUCUCUUGCUCUCUCCGGAAGAUUUUUCCUGUUCCGUGGGUUGGUUUUACUCGAAUUCUUUCUGAAGUUCUGGGGAGAGUUCACCACCUUGUCUGUGGAGGGAUUGUUUUACAAAUUUUCUGCUCCUUCUGAUAGCUCAUCCGAUUGUUCUGCUCAACAAGAAAAUUCAUGGGAGGAGGCACCUCAUAUUUGCUCGGCACCAAUUAAGGUUCAGUAUCCUCCUAAUUUUGCACGUUCUCUUUUGAUGCGAAAUAGACUGAAAAUGGAGCGUUAUUUUCAUGAAAUAUGCGUCUUGUGACUCUAAUACGAGGCCUGAUGUUUCGCGUUUCAGUACCAAUUUGCAAAUUAUUCCAACCCAAACUACCUGAAGACGGGGAAAAGUUAUCUGAAGCUUCAACUAAUCAACCAGAGAGAAAACUUCGCUUUUGCAUUGUUUUCCGGAGGCCUUUCUAAUGUAUGUAUUCAUCUCUCAAAUGUCUGAUCCAUUUUAUACGUUUCAGUGGAAAUUUAGCCUUCUCUUUACCCCUUCUCUGAAUUGGAAACGGCCCGUCGUUUUAUCUUCAUGUGUUCCAUCUAAACUGAUACAUUGGUUUGGAUGAGCAGCCGAAUCUUGUCGCAGUAUCAAGUGUCGUCAAAUUCGCAAACCCAAAGGCGCCUGUAUAUCCACGUCUUGCUCAAGGAAAGUUAUGGGACGAAGUAAGCCAAUUCAUAUCUUCUUCCUCUUUAUCACGCCUUUGCUCUGCACUUUUUUGCGUGAUUUUCUUCAUAGAUUUAGUUUGAUACAAAGUACUAUAUUGUAGCACUACAAUUGACUUUGCUCAUUUCUGUGAACUAUGGUAUCCCUCCUUCUAAUGGGUAAAUAUCUAUCGAUUAACAUCUCACUCUAUAGCACUAGAGGCCUUUUUGAGCUUUUUUUCCCUUGAAGUUAGACUUGGGCCUAUUCUGAACCAAAGCGUUCGGUGAAAGUGAAGUAAAUUCAGAGGGGAAACAUGAAGUAUAUAGGAGUCUAGGAGAAGGCAACCCCAGGCAAUAGUUGAGUCCAUCAGCUGUCUGAUAAUUUAUCUGGAGGGUUAUCUUUCUAAUGAAUUUAUAUUUUUUUGUAUGGUUUAUUUCCUUAAAUAUUUCCACUAAGUACGCUCUUGUAGACUCCAUAGCAUUUAGGUUCAUCAUCAUUCUUAUACAUCAAUAAUAGGGGAUGAGGAUGGGAAUCCUGUUUAACCAUUCCAUUCUAUGAAAAAUCGUUCUGUGUUAAAUUGAUUAUCAGAAAUCAGGAUGUGAAGGGUAAAAGCAUGACUUGUCUCUGAUCAUGCCCACAUUUCUGAAUUCAGUUUUUUUCUGGCAGAUGACCGUCACAUGGACGAGUGGUUAUGACAUAAAUGAAGCAAUUCCUUUUGUUGAAUGGGGACCAAAAGGAGAACCUCAAACCCGUUCACCAGCUGGAACAUUGACAUUCAAACGUAGCAGCAUGUGCGGUAUGCAUCAUCAUUUAGCUCGUAUUGGGAUGGUUAGGAGCAUUGGAUAACUUUUUCUUUGCAACCAAAUUUCUGUACAUGAACAAGUCAUGAUUCUUCUUAUCAUGAAAAGUAUAAAUAUUUAUUUUCUUCAGAUAUAAAAGUAAAAUCUGUUGAAUUCCCUCACGUUUGCCCCACCGAGUCUAACUUUCCUUAUAUUAAAACUCAUAACUCUAUUUAUAAAUGCUAAUUUGUGACUCAAAACUUAUCGUACUGAGUUUGUCUAACACCAUAUCAUGAAUCUUGUUUCAAUUAAAAUUUUAGAGCAGCUUCUACAUAUGUUAUGUAGAAAUCCAAUUCGUUCAUUUAUUACAUCAGAAUGGACAAAAUCCAUCUAGUUAUUAUAAUUUUCAAGAAUGAGUGGCCAACGUCCAGCUAUAUGUACUUCCCCCUCGAUUAAUUUUUUUAGUCAUGAUCUACCAAACUUUGAAAAUGACGAAUGCUUCUCUGAGCGUCAUUCAUGAUGGUAAACUUCAGAUUUUACAAGCCUAGGAUCCUUUAAAUAUUUUAUUUUAAAUUUCACACCAUUUAUUGGUGGGCUACUACCCAUAAAUAAGCUCAAUCUUUGAUGAACCCGAUCACUAUCAGCAUGCAGCGAAAUUUUAUUUGGGCCUUGUGUCUGUCUGUAAAUCAUGAAACUAUAUAGACGGUGAUGCACAAUAGAAAUGAGGCGGACACUUUAUUGAAUCUGCGUCUUAUGGUAUGAAGAACUACUUGAAAUUUAUGUUUUUUUUUAUCAAGCUCAGCCGAUCCGUAAGUAGCCAAUUGUAAUUUCUCAUUUGCAGGCGCACCAGCACGCACCGUUGGAUGGAGAGACCCAGGUUUCAUACACACAAGCUUCUUGAAAGACCUCUGGCCCAACAAAGUGUAUGGAAGAUCAAAGAUUGCUAUUUUUGGCAGUACAACGCAUAAAGUAUUUAGACACAAUCCUAACCUACUUAAGUGGAACAGGUAUACCUACAAGCUUGGACAUCAAACUUUUGAUGGAUCCUAUGUCUGGAGCAAGGAAUAUUCUUUCAAGGCAUCGCCUUACCCGGGGCAAGAUUCCUUGCAGCGAGUCAUCAUAUUUGGUGACAUGGGAAAGGCGAGACUUUACUCCUUUGAUGAAUUUUUUUUGUUUAUAUUAAUCUGGUGACAUUUCUCAGCUCAUUCUUUCAAAUGGUAGAUAAAACGUGAUGAUGUUCUUCCUCAGGCCGAACGCGACGGUUCUAACGAGUACAGCAACUAUCAACCAGGCUCCCUGAACACCACUGAUCAGCUUAUUAAGGACUUGAAAAAUUUCGACAUAGUUUUCCACAUAGGAGACAUGUCUUAUGCAAAUGGGUACCUCUCACAGUGGGACCAAUUCACAUCACAGGUGGAACCCAUUGCGUCGACCGUGCCUUAUAUGACUGCCAGGUCUGUCUGAUCCUUCACUGUGUUAAAGCUAAUAAACGCCAUUGAAGAUGAACUUGUAGGGUUUUUCUUUGGGUUUCUUUCACUCUUGUCAUCUUGCUGCGCUGCAGUGGAAAUCACGAGCGAGACUGGCCAGGGUCAGGAUCCUUCUAUGAUACGAUGGAUUCGGGUGGGGAAUGCGGGGUGCUGGCAGAGACCAUGUUCUAUGUUCCUGCAGAAAACAGAGCCAAUUUCUGGUAAAUUCAUUAUUUACUUAUAUACACUUUGUAUAUGAUAAUCUUAAUAAGAAAUAAAUUAUCUAUAUAUAUAUAUAUAUACAUAUAUAUUUACACAAGGGUAGUUUUGAAAAAAAUUACAAACUACAAUCAACCUUGCGAUCAGAAAUUGAGAAUAAUCUAUGGUAAUGUCCUAUCAGGUAUGCUACAGAAUAUGGUAUGUUCCGCUUCUGCAUUGCCGACACUGAGCAUGAUUGGAGGGAGGGUUCCGAACAGUACAAAUUCAUAGAGCACUGUCUUUCGACAGUCGACAGGCAGAAACAACCGUGGUUGAUAUUCGCUGCCCAUCGUGUUCUUGGGUAUUCAUCUGAUUACUGGUAUGCUCGAGAAGGUAGCCUUUCGGAGCCCAUGGGAAGGGAUAGCCUGCAGAAGCUCUGGCAGAAGUACAAGGUGGACAUUGCAUUUUAUGGUCACGUUCACAACUACGAGAGGACUUGUCCAAUCUACCAGGUAUGCAUGAACUGUAAUUAUUCAAAUCACCACGUUGACUUUUAUCCAUUAUUUUUUUCAAUUGGCACCUCAUGAGAUUAGACCAUGUAAAAUUUGUGUACACGGGCACUAAGAUAAUUUUUUAUAUUGACUAAGAUCACGGAAGCUCAACGAUUGCUUCUUACGCUAUUCAAUGACCGAUGAACAUCGUAGAAAUUCCAAGAUGGUUGCUUCUGGAAAUCAGGACUUGCCGAAUAAAAACUUUGGUGAUGGGCAAAUUUCUCUGCUUGCAUUGAAUUAUAUUUUCCGAGUCUAAGAUUUUACCCGAAUGUAAAUCUAGAAUACGAAUUCUGGCAUCCCUCUUGAGGUCAGCCGAAUGCAAUUUAUGAUGGGAUUGGGAGCUUUCAUUGCUUUUGCAUGAAAAUCAUCAAAGAUCUUCCUCAUGUUCUUGCUGUUGCUGUGCCAUUCAGAAAUAUUUUCCUACCCUAAAACUGAAAGUGAUGAACAUCCGCUUGAGAUUUGGUGGAUGUGAUAAGAUUGCGAAUCUUACUGCUUCGCAUGCCAAUCAGCCACCAUCAGACCCAUAUUCUUGUUCUUGUGCCAAUAUAAAAUAUGAAAUAUGAAAUAUUUUUUCCGAUUCAAACUUUCCAAACUGUUCUGCCGUAUUUUCAAAAAGUCAACGAAAGUUUUUGAUCAGUAGCUUCAUGCACCCCGUGAUUUGAUAGCGUUGUUUAGUUCUUGACCGCUAGCUCCAUCCCCCUCAUUAUCCUGCAGAACCAGUGCGUGAACGAGGAGAAGUCCCACUACUCGGGGGUGGUCAACGGGACGAUCCACGUUGUCGUCGGCGGCGGUGGUAGCCACCUGUCGACCUUCAGCACCAUCCAGACCAGCUGGAGCCUCUUCAAGGACUAUGACUUCGGCUUCGUGAAGUUGACCGCCUUCAACCACUCCUCCCUUCUGUUCGAGUACAAGAAGAGCAGCAACGGCAAGGUGUACGACUCCUUCACCAUCUCCAGGGACUACAGAGACGUCCUCGCAUGUGUCCACGAGGGCUGCUCCCCCACCACGCUGGCCAGCUGA